AGUUGUAGGGCACUGUGUGUGUAGUAGUGAGAGAGUUAUGAAUUGUUAUGUACAAGUGCUGUGUUCUUUUUUGGACAUAAAUCAACAAUUAUGAAGUGAUUUUUAGUGGAAAUUUAAAAAUAAAUAAAAAAAAAAACAGUGUUAAAAAUGAUAUGUUUCGUAUGAGAUUUUUAUCGUGAAGUGAUUGAUAUUUUUUGUGGUUUGUAACAAUAAGAGGCACACGUAGCAAUAUGAAUAUAGUGGUUGUAUUAUUAGCUGUUAUAGCACUUAGUGGCGCUAAGCAGACUUUUAACGACUACAAAGUGUACAAAGUAGUUCCUAAGAAUGAAGUACAAGUGCAACAAUUGAACGAUCUAAAAAAAGAUGGCUACGAUUUCUGGACGGACAUCUUUGAAGUGGAUAACGACGUCAGAAUAAUGGUUUCCCCUGCGCAGGAGAAGGUUUUUGUAAACUAUACCAGAACUGUCGGCAUGCAACCUGAAAUAACUGUUGCAAAUGUACAAGAACUCAUUGAUGCUCAAAUGAUACCAGCUGAUGGGAGAUCAGAAACACUCGGAUCAUUUUCAUGGAACAAAUAUCACAAUUUAGACGAAAUCCAUGCGUGGCUCGACGAAUUAGCCGACUUAUAUCCUGGAGUGGUCACUACUGUUACUAUAGGACAAUCAUACGAGUCAAGGCCGAUUAAAGGAGUUCUUAUUGACUUCAAAAAUAGCGAUCGCGAGGGCACUCCUCUAGUUGGUAUGAUUGAAGGUGGAAUACACGCAAGGGAAUGGAUAUCACCAGCAACUGUUACGUGGAUUAUUAAAGAGUUUUUGACCAGCGACGACGCAGAUGUCAGGUUUCUGGCUGAAACCUUCGUAUGGCAUAUUUUCCCCGUUGUCAAUCCAGAUGGAUAUGUCUAUACUUUUACUAAUAAUCGAAUGUGGAGAAAGAAUCGUAACCCAACAAACUACGUGUCGACCUGCGCCAACGCAGAUAUUGGCAACGGCAUCGAUCUCAACAGGAACUUCGACUUUGUAUGGAUGUCUAUUGGUGCCUCAAAUAACCCAUGUGCUGAAACCUAUGCCGGACCCAGUGCCUCAUCAGAAUUAGAAGCUCAAGCCAUAAUCAGAUACGUCAACCAGUUGAAAGCCACCGGCAACGUCAUCUACUACUUUGCCUUCCACUCAUAUUCUCAAAUGAUCUUGGUGCCUUACAGCCAUGUCAGCGACUUCGGCGUUUUGGAGGCUGAAAACUAUGGUGACAUGUACGAAAUCGCUAUACGUGGAGCUGAGAAGUUGACUGCAAGACAUGGCACUCCAUAUGCGGUAGGAACCUCCACGGCUAUUUUAUAUGCAGUUAGUGGAUCAAGCUUCGACUGGGCCAAAGGAGUAGCAAACUUUCCUAUUGUGUAUCUCUUUGAACUCAGGGAUGUAGGUAACUUCGGUUUCUUAUUACCAACGUCGCAGAUCAUCCCUAAUAACGAAGAAAUCAUGGAUUGCCUCAUCGAGAUGGACAAGACGACCAGACAGUUGAGAUACUACUCUGGCACUGUCGUCAUCUACAGGUCGAUCAUGUCCGUUAUCACCUCUCUAGUCUUCCUCGCUGUGUUCAAGUGAAUUUUCUACUUUUGUAAAUAAAUUUAUUUAUACUUUUUUAAA